AUGAGCGAGGAAGAAUGUACCUGCACAUCCGAGAAAGUCAUGGAAUUCUUGCAGAAAAUGGCAAAGGAGGGCGGAUUUUCGGAUUUGACUGAGCUAGGAUUCGCGGAAUUUCUUUCAGAAAGCGAUGGAUUGAAGCACGUUAGGGAUCAAUUUUAUUAUCCAAAAUGUGGCACACUUCCAGAUGUCGAUCCUGCUUUAUGUGAUCCAGAAUCGGAUUCGAUCUAUUUAUGUGGGAAUUCACUUGGAUUAAUGCCUAAGGCUACAGAACGGAUUAUGAUGGAACAACUCGACAAAUGGGCAAAAAUGGGUGUGUUCGGACAUACAAAAGGGGAUCUUCCAUGGGCUCAUUGUGAUGAAUGUGCGGUUGAAGGUGUAGCAGAACUUGUUGGAGCAAAACCUGAAGAGAUUGCACUUUGCAAUGGUCUUACUGUAAACAUCCAUGUGUUACUGGCUGGAUUCUAUAAACCAACAGAAACUCGCCAUAAAAUUGUCCUGGAAACUAAAGCAUUCCCAUCCGAUCAUUACGCGAUCGAAUCACAAAUAAGACUUCACGGUAGGAAUGUGGAGGAGAGUAUGGUGUUACUCACUCCACGUGAGGGAGAAGCCUGUUUGCGAACGGAGGACAUUCUAUCCUAUAUUGAACAACACGGAGAAGAAAUUGCCAUAAUAUUCCUUCCUGGACUAGCUGGGCUAUUUGUGCAUGAAAGGUUCAAGACAGAUCAUCGGGAUCGAAUGUUGGGAUGGUGGAGCCACCGUAUGGAAACACGUUUCAAUAUGGAUAAUGUGCUCGAUCUGGACGAUGGUGCUGCUGGUUACAGGAUUAGUAAUCCACCUAUUCAUCUAGUCGUUCCUGUUAUGGGUAUUUUGGAGGUAUUCAAAACAGUGAAACUGGAGGAUUUGAGGAGCCGAUCGUGCUAUCUAACGGGUUAUCUGGAGUAUCUCAUUAAGCAUUUCUUUGGUGAAUCUUCUGAGCAUAGGACCACUAAAAUCUUUUGUUCCGUCAUUACACCGGCUGAGUUUCACGAAAGAGGAUGUCAGCUCUCCCUUCGGUUCUCGGUUUCUAUCGAUGUUGUCUACAAGGAACUUGUGAAGCGAGGCGUUGCCGUAAGAUUAUCUCAUUCUUAUAUCGUAGUUAUUACAUUCCUUGUAUUAUUAUUAUUGUUCUUAUUAUUAUUAUUAUUAUUAUUAUUAUUAUUAUUAUUAUUAUUAUUAUUAUUAUUAUUAUUAUUAUUACUAUUAUUAUUAUUAUUAUUAUUAUUAUUAUUAUUAUUAUUAUUAUUAUUAUUAUUAUUAUUAUUAUUAUUAUUAUUAUUAUUAUUAUUAUUAUUAUUAUUAUUAUUAUUAUUAUUAUUAUUAUUAUUAUUAUUAUUAUUAUUAUUAUUAUUAUUAUUAUUAUUAUUAUUAUUAUUAUUAUUAUUAUUAUUAUUAUUAUUAUUAUUAUUAUUAUUAUUAUUAUUAUUAUUAUUAUUAUUAUUAUUAUUAUUAUUAUUAUUAUUAUUAUUAUUAUUAUUAUUAUUAUUAUUAUUAUUGAUACUAUUAUUAUUAUUAUUAUUAUUAUUGCUACAUUACUAUUGUUGA